UCAGAUCUUUUUUAGGCUUUUCUAUCGACCUUUCCCAUCCCCAAAAAAGAUCAACAACAACAGCAAAGUAGUUUGUAGGCUUACACCUCGAGUAGGUGAAAAGUCGUAUUUUUUACAAUAAUUAUCAGAGUAAUUAAAAUCUACUUUUGCCCAGAGAGCUUUGCAAAUUGGGCAUGUAUUAAAGUUUUGAAUAAAUUAUGUAGGUUAAUUAAAUUUUUUAAGGCUAUAAAGAACCAACUUACUCAGAAAACAAAAGAUGCUAGAUAUAAGAUAAUGUUCUCUCUCUCUCUCUCUCUCUCUCUCUCUCUCUCUCUCUCUCGUCCAAAGUGACCUAUGCCCUGACGAUAGCUUUGAAAUACAUUGCCUGGUGACCUUCACUAGAUUUUAAGUUGUAGAAAUUAUUAUUAAUAUUAAUAUAAAUAUUUUGAUCAUUUUCAUCAAGAACUUCUUUAAAAAAUUAUGAAAAAAAUAACACUUUCCGUUCAGACGGAAUUUCUAGUAAAAAAAAAACUGAGAAACAUUACCAGAAAAAAGGCGCGACCCAGCUCUCAUGACGCAUGCUCAGUCGAGGUGUUAACUAUGGAGCUAUUCACCAACCCCUACUACCACCCCCACCUCGCCCCCACCCAUAUCCAAACCCCCAGGACCCUCCCUCACAGGAAAAAGGAGGUGUCCGAAUACCGGAAGUUUGAUUUUUUUUCUUUCUUUUGACUUUCUUUAGCUCCUUUUCCGUGAAAUUUCGGGUGGAUGUGAGCGGGUUCUGUUGUGCAUUGGGCUAUAUGGGUGUGUUUCGUUUGGCUCGCACUAUAUAAGCGAUGGUCUUCCUCACCAAAGGCGUUAUUUCGCAUACGUCUUUCGUGUUAAUCACGUUAACUUAUAAAAGGACACAGUAUACAUCUCUUGGGUAGAGAAUGCUCCUGUUAAAUAUGAUCGCGCUGCUGACGUCGUCGUGGACAUUUCUGGGCACGUCCGUCGACGGGCACGGGUACAUGGAAGCGCCCGCGGCCAGAAAUGCAGCCUGGAGGUUCGGUUUCGACACCCCGCCGGAUUACAGCGACAACGAGCUCUUCUGCGGAGGGCGUGAGAAAAUGCAUUUCUCAAACGGCGGACGAUGCGGCGUCUGUGGGGACGACUGGAGUCUCCCUCAGCCUCGACCCCACGAAAGGGGAGGUCGAUUCGGUCGAGGGGUCAUCACGGCCAACUACACCGAGGGUCAGGUCGUACCUGUGACGAUACACAUCGUCGCGAACCACAGGGGCUGGUACGAGUUCCGUCUUUGCAACAACGACAACCCUGCAGCGGAGGACUCGCAGAGGUGCCUGGACAAGCAGCUCCUGCAGAUGGCCGACGGUUCAGGCUCGAGGUACUACUUGGAGGGCGACGUCAGGGGCAGCCACACGGUCCACGUCCAGCUGCCCGACCGCCUCUCCUGCAGCCACUGCCUCCUGCAGUGGACUUGGGUCGUGGGCAACACUUGGGGAAUUUGUCCGGACGGGUCAGGUGCCAAUGGUUGUGGACCCCAGGAGACGUUCGUCAAUUGCGCUGACGUCAGCAUCUUCCCGAAAUCUCACCGGAACAAUCAUUACCUCCCGCGAAGACCAAUUUAUCGCAGAAGACCUUCGUGGUAAAAUGCCAGUCUUCCUAAAAGUGAACCUUUGCUACUCGUAAUUUAUGUAUCUAAUUUAUUUGUAUUAUUUAUGAAACAGAAGAGAUUCUCAGGUGUUUGUGA